AGAAGAAGAGGAAGAAGAAGAAGAAUCGAGCAAAAACAAUAAGUCUCCAAACUUCGUUUGGGAGAUUUAACUACAACAGGACCUGGAUGCGCUGGAACGAUGGAUUUUACAGUGGGGAAUGGUAUUUAUCGCUCGGAAAUGUAAUACUAUGACCAUAGCUCGUUCCAAGCCCAUCACACGUAUGUAACAGGUCAAUAAUACAAUCCUGGCUGGACCAAGUAGAUUCCUACACAUAUCCGGGUGAGAAAAUCACCAGCAACAUAACUGGUCAGGCAGUGUGCAAAAAAGCUAACUCGAGGCUGAAUUUCCUGCGCAGGAACUUCACGCGCUGCCCGAAAGAAUUCAAGAAGGCAACAUACAUCUCUAUGAUGCAAUACAUAACGGAAUGUGGAUCAGCUACGUGGGAUGCUCACUCAAAGAAGGAUGCUAGUACUCUCGAACGAACCCAACAACAAACAGCUAUAGAUGGAUAUGCAGGCACUCAAUCCAGUGUGACAGGAAUGUUUGAAUCACUAGGGCUGGAGAGAGUGGAUCUUCGGAGGAAGAAGAUGAAUAUGGAUGGACUCAGGCCCAGUCUUAUAAUGAAUUCUUAUGCAAAAAGUGAGCGUAAGAGAGGAAGAAUUGAAUCACCCCCUACAGGAAAGACUCCUACUCAGAGUUCAAAAAGAUUCCAACAAAUGGAACAAGAGAACAUUGUUAAGUUACAUAUUUCAUUGUUAGGCUAA